AUGUCAAUUAGUUUAAUCAAUUUACAAGACAAUCAAGAAUUGCACUCACCCUGUAUUAUAGUACACGGUCAGAUCAAUAAUACCCAAGGUAAUUACACAGAAAAAAAUAUAGAAGGUUUCCAAGAAAUCGUAAUAUCAUCACUACAACUACCUCCAUUAAAAUAUCAAAUCAAUGCUAGACUAUUCAAAGCUACCAUCCAAUUAACCCCAGGUUUAAACAAUUUGCGGUUUACUUCCAAGAACUCAAAAACCGGUGAAAUUUUAUUGAAAAAUAUUGUCUGUCAAUAUGUUCCCCUACUACAAGACAUUCCAAUUCAUUUGUGUCUAUUAGUAGGCAAAGAUUCCAAAUACCUCUUUGAUUCACCAUCAACUAAAAUUGAUACACAGACCAACAACGGUUUGAAUGUAGCAAUUAAAAAAUUGAGAAUGGGUGCAAGGUUGAUGCAAGCAUACACGAACGAACAAAUGUAUCGUAACGGGUUUGGUCAAAGAACAUUCCAAUUUGUUGAGGAAUGGAAUACAGACUAUCUAUUCAAACAAUAUGGUCCGCAAGGUAAAUUAAGUAGCACUAUUAAAGUCCACAUUCUACAUAGUGAUAAAACCGUUAAAGAAUUGAGAGAUCCAAAUUUAGCCCAACAAAAUCCAAAAGGUACUAAUACUGGAGGCUUAUUCCCCAUUGCAAUGGAUGCAUUGCGUAAAUAUGAAAAUGGUAGACUGCUACAUGACAACGAAAAACCAUUACAGGCCGCAGUUAUGUUUUUAGACACCCAUUGGGAUAAGUCCUCCAAAUUACUUUUAACCCACGCUGCUCUAGGUGGUGGUACUGAAGAUAUCAAAUUGGCUAUUUUCGGUUCGCAUGGGUUAUACUCCUGGCCAACUUGUUAUGAAGAAAUCACUUCCAGUUUCACCGAUGAAAACACUGCUGGGAUUGGCGACUUGGUGGCUAACGAUAAUGGCGAAUGUGGUAGUUACUGGGAAUGUCUUUGCGUUACCUUGGGUGCGUUCAUGCAUGAAAUUGGUCAUUCUUUAGGUUGCCCUCACCAAGAAAGUGGUGUUAUGUUAAGAGAUUAUCCAGUUUUAAAUAGAAGUUUUUUAAGUAAAGAAGCUUAUUCUACAAGGAAAAAGAAUAAUGGAUUAACUCCACCUAUCUACCCUAAAGAUGAAUGUGCUUGGCAUAGACUAGAUUUAUUAAGGUUUUUAUAUCACCCAUCUUUUACUUUACCAAAAGAUUAUGAAGAUCCCUCAUUUAUGAGACCUGGGAAAUUAGCUCAAUUUAAUUAUGCGGCACCAACUUUACUUCCAGUCAAUUCACCUGGCUUGUUCACUUUGAAGUCACCAACUGGUAUUUAUUCCAUAGAAAUUAUUAGUGGUGAUAAAGAUGAUUUAGCACGCGGCUUUAUUGAGUACUUACCUGUGUCCGUCGGGGGCCAAGGCCCUCAACAGGAAAUUAUGAUUUCCAUAGAUGAUUUAAGGACCAGAUUGCCACCCGAUAAGAGAAAUGACACAAUAAGUCUACGAGUCUUGGCAGUUAAUUCACCACAGGCUGAAUUCAAAAACUUAAAGAAGUUAAGUGAACAAUCCUUUGUAAACUUAGGUUCUCCAUCAAUAACUGGUUUGAAAAGUGGCUGUUGCGGUAAUGGCACGGAUGGCAAGGAUCCGGGUGUUUUAACCAUUGACGUGGAAAGAUGCAUUGGUGUUAGAGUCUAUCAUGGUGGUGCUUUAGAUGGAAUUGGAUUUCAUUAUACUUCUAAUAAAGAACCCGAUUAUGUAUUUGGUAACAAAACUAAUAAUUUCACAACCGUUAUCUUUGAGCGUGCUGAUAAAUUAUUGGGGUUCAAUGUGAAAUGUGGGUGUUGGAUUGACGCUUUACAAGUAAUCACUGUUAAAAAAGGCGCUGUGACCCCUAUGCUAGGUAAUUGUAAUGGUGGUCACCAAGAGACUUUAAUUCCACCAACUGGACAUAGACUAUUGGGUGUUUAUGGUAGAAUUGGACAGUGGAUUAAUGGUAUCGGUAUAGUCUAUUCCGUUUAG